UAUAUUUUCUAACCCGGAAACCCUCGGCCUUCAUCAUCAGAGUUCUCUCGCGGCGAGAUCACAGUUGCAGUUACUCUGGUGGCCAGGAUCACAUUUGCCCAAACCUAACUCCUCCCACGACCUCGUUCUGUGAAUUCAGAAUUACACUUCAGGUUUGGCGUAUCAUGAACCUCUUUUUAGAUCGUAGUUGGAUGGCACGACGAAAGUUAAGUACUCAAAUAGGUGCUACAACUGAAUUUAAAGCUGGUUGCCAAGUGUUUUUGGAUUACGCAUAUAGUCACCCGGAAUGUUUGAAUGAAAGGAAGAAAAUACGAUGUCCAUGUUUGAAAUGCAAGAAUGUUAAUUAUCUGGACAGAGACACGGUGAACUACCAUUUGCUUGUCUCUGGGUUCAUGAGAAAUUAUGAAGAAUGCUGGUGGGCACAUGGGCAGAAAAGAGAUGGUGGGCUUACUACAAACAAUUCGGUCAAUAGUGCUAAUAAUCGCUUUGACUGCUGGAUCAGUCUUGCCAGCGAAUGUACUAUCUCUAGCUAUGGGACCAGACAAGGAUCAAGUCAGUUGUAAUGGUUACAAGGUAAAUGGUUAUGAAUUUCAUACCAAGGCAUAUGGGUUCGGUAAAAGAACAACAAACUCAGGAGUGUGUCUCCAAGGGGAUAGUUGCAAUGAACUUAAUCAAGUAUUUUAUGGGGAGUUGGAAGAAAUCAUAGAGUUAUCUUACAAGGGUACAUAUGGGGGUCAUAUUAACUUGCUCAAGUGUCGUUGGUUCGACUUAGAAAAAGGGAGACGUGUUGAUAGACAUGGAAUUGUUGACAUCGACCUCUAUAAGUCUGCAUACUCUAAUGAACCGUUCGUUUUACCAACUCAAACUACACAAGUGUACUACACUCCUACUCCUGGUAGAAAAAGGGAUAGGCCACCUGCAAACUGGCAGGUUGUAAUACAUACCCCCGCACGUAGACGUGAAGAAGUAAUUGCUGGGGAUGUUUAUCAAGAGCAGACGCUUCAUAGACCAAAUGUGAUUAAUGUGGAAGAUGAUGAAGUAAUCCAAUUAGAUGAUGAAAAUGAAGCACAUGAAAUAGAUCCCGAGUUAUUACUUGUAGCGGAUGACAUUGAUACAGACAACGAAGAGUUAUUGACAGACACAGACACUGAAAUAGACACCGAAGAAGAUGAUGGUUAUGAAUCUGCAAAAGAAGAUGAUUCUGACUCCGAUAGCUCGGACAAUGGCUCCUAAACAUGAUCUGGAUACUUAGUAACAUAAAUAUUAGUUCUUGUUGAGAUUUAUAUUUAUUGAUACAUUCAAAACUUUCAUUAUAUCAUGGAUGAUGUUCAACACCAUUGGUUAAAAAGUUUUUAUUACAUCUUUAGAGUUUAUGUAAAUUACUAAAACCAUAAGUAUAUUGCGAUAUUAUCGCUACAUUUCUGGUUCAUAUAAAAACAUUAAGAAAAUUCAUUAUUUAGUAUAUGAAUAUUUGCAAUAAUACAACUUACAUGUUGACAUUGUUUUUAGCCUAUUAUUUGUUUUUAUAUUGUUCCAAUUGUAUAUCUGUGGUUAGGGUAAAGAAUCAUGCCUAAAUAGUAAUUGAUUCUUUUGAUAUUUUAAUGAUAGUUGGAUAUAUAUAUAUAUAUAUAUAUAUAUAUAUAUAUAGUCCAUGAUUCUUGCUUCUGCUAGUUGCCUCACGACUUGUUAGAUAUAUACUUGUAAAACAUUAUAUAAUCCACGGGUCUAAUAAUAUGCAUUGACUAUAUAUCUAUAUGUUUGCCCUUGCUUAUUUCCCCAUCUUUGUUACAUGUAUACAGAUGGAUUCCACAGCUCCUAAAAAGUGUGGCUUGGGUAGGGGCCCCACUCAAAUCCCCAGGGCACCUACUAACCCAGACGACCGGGAGCUUAUUCAACUUCGUCAAACCCCAUAUAACGUUGAUUUUGCAGAUCAUAGAAUCGUGAAGUGCAUCUCUCAGCUGUGCCUUCAGAAUUGGCCUACCCCUGCCAUUAGGUGGGCUAGCACACCUACAGCACAUAAGGAUGCAGUAUGGGCUGAAUUUCAGAAACGAUACAGGUGGGCGGAUGAAGACGGUCCUACUAUUUCUGAUCUGUUUUGGAGAAAAUGUGCAGAUUGAACCAAAGACAAUUUGUCAAAAGAGCGCACAAAAGCCCUGCAGAAUGCUAGCAAUGAAUUUCCAGGUCAAGGGGAUUUGCACAUGCAUAAGUUUAACCCAUGGUGGUGUAGCGCUGAUAUUUUGGCUCAGAUGUGUGCUCAAUGGACAGAGCCUGAGUUUGUGCACAAAAGUAAUACUGCCUCGGGAAAUAGAUGUGGAGGUGCUGAGAAGGCAAAAGGUACAUACAAGGGAGGUAGUAUAUCCCAGGGGCAGCAUAUGGCUAACAAGGAGUCUCAAUCUCAGGGUACUAUCAACUGGUUGGAUGUGUACGUGGCUACUCGUGAAGGCAUACCUGCUGCUCAGGAAGUAGCGAAAAAUUAUCGCACUUUAGUUGCUGAGCGCUAUCCUGAGGGCACUCAGCCCCCGCAUAUUGAUCAGGAGCUUUGGGAGAGGGCCUCUAUUGUGAAGAAGAACUAUGUCAAGGGUCAGGGACAACGAAGACGCCCAUCUAUCUUUGGCUCAACCUGUAGCACACAGUCUUCACAGUCACCGAGUCAUCCACCUGUUCAUACUCCUGCUGACUGUGUUCGAGCUAUAUGUCAGGAUCGAGCGCUUCUUCGUGUAUUAGGAGGACAUCUGGGGCUUAUGGAUCCUGAUGAGUUAGCUCGUGCUGUGGCUGAGGCAGCAGCAUCGCAGCAAAGUGAUGGUAGGCAGGGUGAUCGUGAUGACCAGGAUGCUGAUGAUUAUGAUCAUGAUGCUGAUAUUGGAGGAUCUUAGUGUAUCAACAAAGUGAUGGUCGUAAGGGUGAUCAUGCCGAUUAGGAUGCUGAUGUUGGAGGAUCUUCGAGUAUUUAGGUGUUAGUAUUGUACUGCUUGGAUGAUAUUUGGAACAUAUGGUUGUGUUGCUGAAAUUUUAAGGAUAUUGAUGUAAACUUUGAUGUUAAUUAAGAUUUCUUCUAUUGUCGGGUUAUUCAAUGCCAUCAUCGUGAAAUUGU